UACACGUGCCACAUGUAGAGAGGCGCUUAUUUAAAAAUGGCGCUUUUCAAUCGAGUUAAUUUAAAUUCUGUCUUUUUAUUAAAUCACUGUUAUUAUAAAUUCGCGACGAGUAUGGUGAGAUUAAAAACGCGAGAACACGCUUCACUAUCAAGUUUCAUACAAGGAAACUUCAAACAAAGCUUAGGAAAGAGAAUAGAUUCGUUAAAUAUUAACAAUACGUUUGAAAAUACAAUUACCAAGAGAAGAGAUCAGGCACGUCGAAGUAUAUUGGUACAGGUAUACUCGUUGAAUUCACAAGAUGAUCUCCAGAGUUAUUGUAUUCAAUUUGGAGAUGUUUUAAGUAUGCACCAUUACCAAAAAAACAAGCAACAUAAUUAUAUUUUGGUUGAAUUUAAAGAUAUAGUAUCAGUAAAUAAAAUUAUCUCAUCUGCUUCCUUUAUGGAUGGAGACUUUGUCGCUCCUGUAAAGUCAUCAGUAUUUUGGUUCCGCAAAGGAAAGUUUGUAUGUCACAAGAGAAAUAGUGAGAAAAAGAUAUUCUUAUCUACAGAAAAUGGUUGCAUAUGUCCUACUGAAAAAGAGAUUGCAAAUUUCUUACAAAAUGCAAAAUCGAUAUCAGGGCAAAUAAUAGAUCUAUAUGAGGCAUUAAAACUAAACGAUUUAGAAACAAGACUGAGAUUUCAUACUGCUUAUCAUUUAGAGCAAUAUUUUUCUAGAUUAUUUCAAAAUACAAAAGUUUUACCAUUUGGUUCUUCUUUGAACGGAUUUGGGAGGAAAAGAUGUGAUCUUGAUUUAGUUCUUCUUCCCGAUAACAUUGAGGAAAACAAUGCCGCGAGUAGAUUAGUAUUUCAUACAAAACCUAUGAAACUUAGUGAAAGGCAUGAAACAAGAGAAUUUAUGGAAAUACUUGCAAGUACUAUGCAGCAUUUUAUCCCUGGAGUUUGUAAUGUACGAAAGAUCCUAGAAGCUAGAGUACCUAUAAUUAAAUUCCUUUAUGAAUAUACAAAUAUUGAAUGUGACUUAAGUACAACAAACAUGGCUGCUGUAUACAUGUGCGAAUUGUUAUACUUAUAUGGAGAAAUAGAUUGGCGAGUGAGACCACUUGUUACAGCAAUACGGAAAUGGGCAAAGAAUCAGGAGAUAACAUCUGAUGUACCAGGGCCAUGGAUAACAAAUUUCUCCCUUUCAUUAUUGGUGCUCUUCUACUUACAACAGAAAAAUAUACUGCCAUCCUUAAGAGUAUUGAAGACGUAUGCUACAUCUGAUGACAUUCGUUGUACAGAGAAUGGCAUUGAUUGCACCUUUCUGCGGAAUCUUGAAAAAUUGCCGCCCGAAUACAAGUAUAAAUCGAAUCAAGAUAAUCUUGAAUCACUGCUGCAUGGUUUUUUCGACUAUAUUUCAACGUUCGACUUUCACACAAAGGGGAUAUGCAUUCGCGAGGGAGUUCCGAUUCGGAAACCGUCGCGUUCAGCGCUUCAUAUCACUAAUCCCUUGGAAACGACGUUGAACGUGUGCAAGAAUGUAAAUAUUUAUGAAUUAAAUCGUAUAACAGAAAAGGCGCACGAUGCGAUAUACAUAUUAGAGACUACUGACAACUCUAGAAAUAGCAAUUGGGGGCUUGCGGCUUUAUUAAAUAUGAAAAACAUUGAUAUAAUGAAUAUGAUAAAGUUAAAUAACAAGAAAGAAGAGAAUACCACGAAUAGUUUGGAAGAGAUCCAUGAAAUUUCUGAAGUUAACGAAGUUGAUAUUAAUCAGCCAAAGAAAAAGAAGAAGAAGAAAGAAACAGUAUAGUGUUUAGACAAAUAGCAAUGUUACAUAUA